UCUACAUUCCCCUGAACUCCCAGAUCCUGCUCCUCUUCCUCACCAUCAUCCUCGUUCUUCUUCGUUCCUGUAAAGAAGAGUUUGCUUUGGGCAGUAGAAUCUGCUCUGCUGGAUUUUUGGAGUGUGUUGGACUGAAUCAUGGAGUUGUCGGAUAUUUCCUUCCCCAUCCCCGCCCCUGAUGACUUCUACGACGACCCCUGCUUCAACACCAGCGACAUGCACUUCUUCGAAGACCUGGACCCGCGGCUGGUCCAUGUGGGUCUGCUGAAGCCGGAUGACUCCUCCUCUUCGUCCUCAUCCUCUCCUUCGUCCACCUCCUCCUCCUCCCCGUCCUCGCUCCUGCACCUCCACCACCACGCCGACGCGGAGGACGACGAGCACGUCCGCGCGCCCAGCGGGCACCACCAGGCGGGCCGCUGCCUGCUGUGGGCCUGUAAAGCCUGCAAGAGGAAGACCACCAACGCGGACAGGCGGAAGGCGGCGACGCUGCGCGAGCGCCGGCGGCUCAGCAAGGUCAACGACGCCUUCGAGACCCUGAAGCGGUGCACGACCGCCAACCCGAACCAGAGGCUGCCCAAGGUGGAGAUCCUGCGCAACGCCAUCAGCUACAUCGAGUCCCUGCAGGCGCUGCUGCGCGGCGGCCAGGAGGACGGCUUCUACCCGGUGCUGGAACACUACAGCGGGGACUCGGACGCGUCUAGCCCCCGGUCCAACUGCUCCGACGGAAUGACUGAUUUUAAUGGUCCGAGCUGUCAGUCCACCAGAAGAGGAAGUUAUGAAAGCAGCUCCUAUUUCUCUGACACUCACAAAGGUGGUCCAAGGAGCGAGCGGAGCUCUGUGGUCUCCAGUCUGGACUGUCUGUCCAGCAUCGUGGAGCGAAUCUCCACCGACAACAGCAGCCUGCUGCCUGUCGCUGACGGCCCCGGGUCCCCGACCACAGCUCCCAUCAGCGAGGCGGGGACGGCCGCGGGGCCCGCUCAGGUCCCCUCCCCAACUGCCAGCCAGGACCCAAACCUCAUCUAUCAAGUCCUAUAGACCCCCACACAGAUGAACACACUGCUGCACUGUCUACUCAUAAAACACACACGUCGGCAUACACACACACACGCAUACACACUGGUUAUUGUGGCUGAAAUGAGUCUGUUUGCAUCAACAGUAACAUGUUAUUAUUCAGAGAAAAUGUUCCACAUCCACGUUUCUUCCUGUUCGGUCGUCACAUGGAAGCUCAUUCCUGCCAGGAAAGAAAAGACAUGUACAAAUCUUCAUCAGUGUAGUGAUGAAGACCACCAGACAGAGAUUUUUGUUUUUGCCUGUUUUACUUUAGUCUUAAUAGCAUAGCUGUUUUAAAAGGUAAUGAUAAAAGCAAACAUUUUCUGUUGUUUUCAGAGUAAAAUGAUCCGAACUUAGUCUUUAUAUGUAAAUAUAUAUAUAUAUAUAUUUUUAAGUAAACUUUGUUCAUAUUCCAGACACAUUGAGUCAGUCCCGUGAAGAGAAGCUGACGGUAAAAACGAGAAAAGUCACAUAAACAAGAGGUUGAUUUUAUCAUCCCAGAAGUGGAAUUUUUUUUCCAGCAGAAAUGAGCUUCGUCCGACCCGUUUCUUCCCGUUUGUAGUUUUAACCCUUGUGGGUCACUUAACAAAAGACCAUUAUUGGGUCAUUAUUGGACAAAAAUGUCCUGUCCCACAAACUUCCCCUCAAAUUUUUUAGUCAAACUUAUUCCAGAUCAAAACUACCAAAUAUGUGAAAAAUAAAGUUAUUUUCCAUAUAAAACAGUUUAGGGGACUUUAGGGGAUUUUAUUUUGAAAUCAGUCUUAAAAGUAACAGAAUCGAUUUUGAUGCAUUGUUAGUUUAUCUUAGAUUGUUUAGUGUUUUACUUUAAUUUAAACCCUUUCAGAUCAUUAGAGGAGAAAAAGUCCUCUGACUAAAACGGCAAUAAAAACAUCACAGAUUCAUAUUUUUCUUUUAUUUUUCCUCAGAUCUUUCAGUCAGAUUUAUUCUAAAUCAAAACUAACACAUAUAAAAGGAUUUUAACUAUUUUAACACUUUAAAUGGGGAAUUAAUAACAUGAUGACACACACACACACACACACAGUGUUAUUUCCCAUAAAAUACAUGUUUUUGUUUUUCUAUCAAUUGUAAAUGUAUUAAAAUUGGUAAAAAUAUUUAUUUAGAUUUUUUAUUUAAUCCAACCCCCUAACAUGUUUUUAUGUGGAAAAUAACUAAUUUUAUGUGAAUUGGAUCAAAUUGGCAUUUAAAGGGUUAAAAUAAAUUCAGCAAUCACACAUUUGGUAUUUACAGGUUUAAUGAAGGUCAGUGAGCGAUGUGAGCAAAGAAGUAUUAAAAAAAGAAUCUGUAACGUGCUGCAGCUUUUGGAAGAGGACUUUCUUGUUCUCUAAUGACCCAACAGGAUAGUUAAAUAGUCCUGUUGACCUUUAAGGAAAAUUAAAAACCAUCCCACAUGGGGAAUGUGGCCAGAAUCUGAGGGAAAAAUGACCUGAAAGGACUAAAACGUCCCCGAUGACCUAUAGGGGUUAAAAUGCCCAGAAAAGCUGUUUACAGAUGGAUCAUUUUUAUUUGGUUUCUUUUUUAAAUAUGACGAGUGUUUCAAGACUCGUUCACAUGGACUCAUCCUUUCUGUCUAUUUGAUGAAGGACGGAGGCCAAACCCCCUCAUUAACAUUCCUCCACUUUCAUCCGUCUGAAGUCCUGAUGGCCCCAGCUGUUCAGUUCCCUCAGGAAAUAAUCCCAUCAUAUUUUAGAAAUACACCACAAAUUUCUGCAGUGAAACUCAAUCAGAAAAUCCAACUUGAGACGCGUUUUCUUUAAAUGUUUGUUUCCAUGUCGGUUUAAAAGUUUGUCAGACCUCCUUCAGUCAGAACAAAUUGCAGAGGACCAGUUUUUCUUUUCAUGUGUAAAUAUGAUGUAAAUAAGAGCUGAUUGUUCCAAGUGAAAGUAUUAAUUAUGUAUUUAAUGUUUUUGUCUGUAUGUGCUUUUUGUUUGUUGUGGAAAAAUUUGAAACUUUAUAUUUAUACACUUGAAAAUUGUGUGAAUGAUUAAUGACAAAUAAA